AUGGUAGAUCCGCAACUGGACGUGGGCACACCACAGACCGAAUGCACCGAGAAGACCGAAUGCGCUUCAGAAGGAGGCGUGACAUCUGUGGACGAUCAAGCAAGCCUCAAAAGUGAAGGACUAAAGCUCGAACCUCAGUUGGAACGUAUCUUGACUCCCCCGCCCGCUUUUUGGUCUCCUCCGCCGAAUUCAACUGUCAUACGAACGUCGGCCCCGUUACCGUUGCUCCCUGCUGCAAACGUAUCCACGCCAACCGCGCGAGCAACGUCUGUUUCAAUUCCGAGCGCUCGUACCUCAUCUGCUCCGCCUCUUCGGCCGAUGUCUGUCCCUCCUCCUGGUGAUUCUUUGCGUGUUGGUGAGUCUGAAGAUGUGAGGCGAGCAUGGAGUUGUCAGCCCGCGACUGCCGAGUUGCCCCCUGUAAAGAGCUUUGCUGGAGACUGGAGACAGUGCAUGGUCAUUGAACUUUCGGAUGAGGAAGAAGAGGAAGAAGAGACGACGGAUACGGAUUUCAGUGAAUUGGAAGAUGAAGAAGUGGAUGAUUGUCAGGUGCUGGACGCGACUGACGUUGCUGCUGACGGAGAUUUGAUGACAUUGCCCGAACUGAAAUCGAAAUCGGUUGGUGGUGCCGAAAUGGGCUCUGCGAAUCAGGAUAAACCAGCCGAGAGCAGAGAGAUGACCAAGGGGGUUGUGACACCCGGAAUCGGGUCGGGAGUCAAUGCCGUUGAGGCAGUUCAGCAUGCAAUUGUCAAACUUGCAUUGGAUAAUGCGGGAGCUGUGCAUUCCCAACGUGCAAUGCAGGCGCGGCCCAAGCGUCCAGCCGCCCCUAUCCGCACUGGAUCGAUGACGGGAAUUUAUCCAACGAUGAACCAGCCGUUUACGCGGCGCUCGUUAGAUUCCGAGCACUAUCGCGACUCGAACCCUCUCCGUGUUCUACAGAGUCAAUACUCGACUACGGCGCCUCGCCCGAGCCAUAUUCACAACUUGCCUGUAUACCCCCAUCUUUCUGCCAAUCCUACUCUCGAAUCCCUGAGGUCAGGAUUGGAGUUGCGUGCUGCUGCCAGCGCUAGUGCCAUCGAAGAGGCGGUACGAGCCCGCAGUGCCUCGCCCGGCGUUACGCCUCAAGAUGGGCAUGGGCCAGGCUCCCGCUCAAAUCCUGGGUUUAUCCUUCCGCCUCGACUUCAGCGAUUACAGAGUGUUCAUCCAAGAACGACAGCACCGAUUCCUACACCACGUUUGGAGAUUCCCUCCCUUCCCUCCCCACGCCUUGAUAUUCCUGCCCUUCAGCAACGUCGGUCACCUUAUGAGUCACCACUCCGAUCGGCUCCUCCAGUCGCAAACCUAUACCCUGCUCCCUUUAAUGCGCCCCAGUAUCCUGUGAUGACUCGACAGUUCCCGAUAAUCCCCUUGGUGCAAGCUAGCGCAUACUCCGAGGCACUCCGCCUCCCCCGAGGCGCUGCCAUCUUCAAUCGAGCUCAUUUGACGAGUAUUUUCGACAAUAAGCCGGUUCCACCGGCUCCUGCUACGGCACCUCUGCCCCGUAACAACAGCGGAAGAUACAAACUCGCUGCGCCAAUUCCUUCUCCGGAACCGAUCGCCAGCGCAGAAACACCCACUACCCAGUCCUCAACUUCGUCUCCAAUGCCAAAGCAAAAGGGCGGGAAAAAGCGUUGGCAUAAGCACAGGAAGAACCCCACCUCUGAGCAAGCCAAGGCCGGUACUCCGACCUCCAGCACGUCGGGCGUCCCUUCUAAACCUAAGGAGUGUGCUAAUACUCCCAAGGAGAGUGUGCCUACGCCCAAAAAACCUUCACCUUCUCCCCCUAAGAAAAGCUCGGCUUCCGUAUCUAAGAGCGAUUCGCCUCAUAUGGCGAAUGAAACCCCAAGCUCAGCGUCAAAACCGAAACGCAAGCAUAAGUCUCCUAAAAGACACAAACCCGCCAAAUCUUGUGCCGUCCCGACGGCUGUUCCCGCUGUGUCUACUUGA